UUUCUGUGCCGGUCAGUUUCAAAGCCUGUUGUUAGUGUUAGAGAGUUUAUUACUUGUCAGCCUCUGAUCUCAGAUAAGCACUGCAAUAUUUUCACUCUUUUCUAGAACUGUUAUGACCGAUAAAAUAAGAAAAAUCAUCUGAGCUGAGUCAUAUUAUUGCUAUCCUGAUUGUCUUCACCUUUUACCCCUAUAGUCCUUGAUCCUUCAUUUUCCAGGAGCUACCAUAAUAUAUUCCUGCCUUGAUGGCUCUCUAGGCUUUAAUCAUCCUUUCUAUAUUCCCUACCCGCAAUAAUAGAAUAUGCUAUUAUUAAAGCUAUUGAAUUAGGCUACAGUUGUAUUUUCCAUUCAGCUGUUUGCAUUUGGAUGUAAAUCACGAUCAACGUUUUUAGGCUUUCGACAUUUUCUAUAAGUCCGGUUUUGCUCCACGCAAUCAUGCUUACACUUACUGGACGCUAUAAUCGUAUAACAAACAUUGAGCAUGAUCUUAAUAAUCUGAAAGAGAAUGCUUGAAGCGGAGUGUUAGAGAUCAAUUUACACGGAAUACUUGACAUAGUAUCGCAUAAAUUCUCAAAGGAUGCGGUGAUUGACAUAAUCCCCGAAAUUACAUCACUUUUAAAUAAAUAUGAUGCUUCGGUUAAAGUGAAUGAGGACCUGAAAAGGAUAUUAACCGACGUGUCUUCAGAAAAACUUGCACUAGAGAAAUUACUAUUACAAGAGAAAAAGAACAGAAAAACCGAUUUUGACGAGUCUAUUACCAAUGAGGAGAAAGCAGAUUUUGAAAUUAGUGAACUUAAAUCAAAGCUUAGUUUCAAUAUGACAUCUGUUGAUGAAUUAAAGACUGAAAUUAGUUCCAAAGACGCGAUAAUCAAUCUGUUGAGUAACGAUGCGCAAAAUGCUGCGGAAAAACUUGAAACUGAAUUGAAAUCUAUGAGGAGGAAUUCAAUCGAUUCAUCAAAUAAUAAUGAUGAUUUCAUCACGCCGAGAACUACAGUUAGAGUUCGAAACAAUGCAACUUGUGCUAUUAAAGUCACUAACAGAUUUACAGUACUCUCAGAAAAUAUAUCAACAUCAACUUGCUCAAAAAGGUCUACAUCCGAUAAACUACUGGUCAAGGCGCAAAUACAUAGAUCCACUACACCUGAAAAUAAAUCUUUCUCAAAACGCAGAGUAGUCAACAAAAGCUCCAACGAAAAGAAAAGGAGAGUAACUAUUAUGGCAGAUAGUCAAGGUAAACAAUUGAGUGGUCUGCAGCAUCUCGAUGAUGACUUCGACGUCUUCGUUUACAUCUUAUAAACAUCUUCCUCCAAAGAACUCAUUUCACGAGACACGGUCUACACUUCAAUCGUCAAGGAAAAAGACUAAUUCCAAAACAAUAUUAAUAACAUUUGUUAAGCAGAAUUUUAUUAAUAAUGUAAACAUCGUGUCUAUGUCUGUUGAAAAUUAGGUUUCCACAAGGCAGCAUACGAUACAAUCCCUCGAAAUUCCUGAAUCUCCCGACAUUCAAUACAUUGGUUCCUUUCCUGUGACACCCACCCCACCAAGUUUACCUGCAU